UUUUAAGCCUAUUAAGCAAUGAACAAUCUGUGGCGCGAAAUCGGCUUUAUUACCAAGCGAAGGCCGAAGAAACAUGUGAAAAUCAUUCGGAUCAAGAAACGCGUUGCCAAAUCGAAGAAAGUCUUCAAGCGAAGGCAAUAUGAACUGAUACAACUUCAUUUGAGAAAUCGUAUAAAGUAUUUAAUUAUCGAAAAUCUGGAGCAAGCCUUGGCAAAAAUCCAAACUAAGAAAGGGAUUCAGAAGAGCUUAAAGUAACAUAAACCUAAGUUAUGAAAAUUAAAAUUAUUAUUAUUGAGAAAUUACCAGUAUUGCUAGAUAGAUAAUCUUAAAAUUACUGCCCAUUUGAUUUCCCAAACUGUUUCACAGUAAAUUAGACCAUUUUCAAAGAAAAAGCGAACAUAAACAAUAGACGGAAGUGAAAUCAAUUUCAAUUGUUUGCUACCCCAUUGAGAUGAUUAAAAUUUGAAAUAAAAUCUCGUUGGUCGGCUACCACACACACAAUCAUUUUCAAACUGAGCUCAAUAAAAAUCAAAGCCACUGAAGAAUCAUCAUCGCAUUGAAUGCUACGAAUCCGAGCCGAAUGGUAACUUCCCCAGCAUUAAUAAAUAUUUACAGGCACGUCGCGUCCUCUUCAAUGGAAUGGCCUACUGGGCAGUUCCAGUCUCAGUUCUGGCAAUGAAAUCAAAUCAAAUAUGCGCGCUGACGCUUUAUAUAUCGCACCAAAAAGGCAUCCACCAGCAUCGUUCGCUUUCGGUGUGCUCACAAGAAUUUAAAUCAUCCGACUUACAUGCUACUUACAAGCCAAAGCGCCUAUAUGUAUGCCCCAUAAAAUGCGAGCAAGACCGAGUGCAGAAUGGGCAAGUGGAAAAAUGUUAGACAUCACUGACCAAAAUAUUGUUUUGCAAGCUAUGUAUCCUGAAAUUUGAACACAAUUUGG